UGGUCAUGCCGUUCGGACUCACCAACGCACCGGCAACAUUCCAAUCUGAGAUGAACCACAUCCUACGCCCACUUUUGGACGAGUGCGUGGUAGUAUACCUGGAGGACAUCCUCAUCUACUCGCGCGACAUGAAGCAGCAUGUCGAACACCUGCGACACAUCUUCGAAAUUCUUCGGCGGGAACGGUUCUACGUCAAAUUGUCCAAGAGCGAAUUCGCCCUUGAGAAGGUCCAAUUCCUAGGGCACAUGGUGAGCGCUCAAGGAGUUCACGUCGAUCCCAAGAAAAUCGAAGCCGUACGUACGUGGAAGAUACCUGAGAACGUGAAGGAGUUACAACCGUUCCUAGGCUUCGCUAACUACUACAACAGGUUCGUGCCACAAUACGCGAAAAUCGCAGCACCACUCACGAAUCUGCUGAAGAAGAACACGCCCUACAAAUGGGAGUCGAAACACCAGGAAGCCGUGGAGCAGCUGAAGCAAGCACUCACGUCCGCACCAGUACUGAUCUUGCCAGACCCCGAACGCGAAUACGUCAUCGAAGCUGACGCCAACGACCAAGCAGUGGGAGCAGUCUUGAUGCAAGACCAGGGGAAUGGACUGCAAACAAUCACCUAUCUCGGCAAGAAACUGCACGGGGCAGAACUAAACUAUCCGAUACACGACAAAGAGGCCCUGGCUAUUAUCCUCGCCUUCAAAACGUGGACAUGCUAUCGCGAAGGACGCAAGUCAACAGUCUACACCGACCACUGCAGCCUGAAAUAUUUGAAGACACAACCAAAUCUCUCCAGGCGGCAGGUCCGGUGGAUUGACUUCCUCGAGACGCACUUACACUACGACAUCGUGUACAAGCCUGGCCAUAAAAACAAAGAGAACGCCCUUAGCCGGCCUGCACACCCAUGGCAAGUGGUCAGCCUAGACUUCAUCACCAGGCUACCAACUACCACAAGCGGUCAUGACGCGAUCCUCGUCGUCAUUGACAAGUUCUACAAAAUGGGACACUUCAUCCCGACACACACGACAGCACGCACCGAGGAGACGGCACAACUCUUUGUUCGCUACAUCAUCUCACAACAUGGCAUUCCAACCAAGCUCAUCUCCGACCGAGACCCUAAGUUCACCAGUAAAUUCUGGAAAGAACUAAUGUCUCUGCUCGGGACCAAACUCGCCAUGUCAUCCGCCUACCAUCAGCAAACAGAUGGACAGACCGAGCGCCUCAACCAAAUUGUGGAGCAACUCCUCCGCGCAGCCUGCAAGGAUGACAUCUCCAAAUGGGACUUGCAUCUGCCCGUCUUGGAGUUGGCCUACAACAACGCUACUCACGCCGCUACUGGACAGAGGCCGUUUUUCCUCUGCUACGGAUGCCACACACUCACACCUCAACAGCCAAACAUACCAGCCACAAUUGGUGGGGGGACAAAGGAUUGGGUGAAGGUGAAAGAAUGGGUAAAUCCAACCAUCUACCCUGCACGUACCAGAAUGGCAACGAGAAAGCUGUUGAGCUCCACAAGUGGAGGAGCCACAACUGAGCAGCAGGAACAGGCUCAAGGCGAAGAUGCAGUGCUGUUCUUGGGUGAUGACCAAGAGUCAGAUGACGAGGAGCCUGCAUACUGCUUUCACGCACCAAUACAACCUCCGAGCAUGGAUCAUGCGCUAGCCGGGCCUCAACAGGGGAAUGGGAGUACAGUAUUCAGCCUCUGCUCAACUCAGUCAAAAAGGAAUUGAAGUCCUCAAAGAGAAGGGGGAGCAGCUCGGAGAAGGAAAGGUGUUCCUUUCCUGUUUUGCUGAUGCCACGUGGGCUUCUGAGCAUGAGGAUUCAUC